AUGGACACCCCCUUUUACCACGACGACACCCUGCCCUCUAAUGUCCCCAACUUUGGCCCAAUCACUGACUACGAGCGUUAUCAGGGCAACAAGAUGGUCAUGGCCAAGAAGGGCAUGGUUGUUGCUGCAGCAGCAGGUCAUUACUUCCCUUCUGGGGCAGGUGGGACUUCCUCCACACUGAGGUCACUGCAAGGUCAGACACUUGCUAACGGAAACUUGGUUGGCACAGGGGCCUUAAUGGCAUCUCCAUCAUCAUCCUCCACCCCGUCAUCUAUAGCAACAGAUGUCAAUGUCCUCAAACUGGGUGGGGCUUCCCAACAGAUUGACCUGGAGCACCUGAUGGUACAGUCCAACCAGCAGGGCCUGAACCCUUUUGUUUACCGCGGUCACCAAGCGACCAACGAGCAGGAAGGCUUUGCUGAUGGGUUUGUCAAAGCCCUCGCCGACCUUCACAAGCAGAAUCAGCUGAUUGGAGGGGCAGGAGGUGGGGGAGGAGGCCCAAUGUCUCCUCAGUCCUCAUCCAAUGCCCCUUAUCAGCGAGGCAUCAUGGGAAACCCCGGAAGCGGUGGUGAGAUGCCAGUGUACACCAACCUGGGCAGCUAUAACCAGAUGUCAUACCCUAGUGUGGCAGCACAAAUGACACACUACGCUGUCCCACAACAGGGGGUCCGCUCCCGUGGUCCAGACACCACUGGGGCUCCACCUCAGACAGUCCCAGAGGUGACCCAUGACCCUGGCGCCCCAAACUCCUCCUCCUCUUCACCUCCUCCCUCCUGUCUAUCCCCGAUCGAUCUGGAGACGCAAGAGCGAAUCAAGGCUGAGCGCAAAAAGCUGCGCAACCGGAUUGCGGCUUCGAAGUGCCGGAAACGUAAACUAGAGCGAAUUUCGCGGUUGGAGGAGAAAGUGAAGGCGCUGAAGGGGCAGAACUCGGACCUUGCAUCCACUGCGUCUGCACUCAGGGAGCAGGUGGCACAGCUGAAGCAAAAGGUGCUGAGUCACGUUACCAGCGGAUGCCAGAUCGCCGUGGGUUCAACGCCCCCACCACCAUCAUCCUCAGAUGCUAAGGAUGUCGGUUGCUAAGGUGUCCAGCUGACAACAGGCACUUUAUAGACAAAGCAGGCCUCUCUCUGACCGACAAGCACCCGUCCAGGUUUGACAAGAUCAAAUGUGAGUGGAGCUUACAGAGAAGAGAGGAACAGAGAGACAAUCAUUUGAACAAAAGGAUAGAGAAACAACAAUUCAUUACCCAUAAUCCUGCAGGACUUUCAACAACAGCAUGACCUUUUA